AUUGCUGUCAAAAUUGUACCCAGAGCAAACCUGCAGUUGCUGUCUACUACAAAUAAAUCGCCACGCCAGAUUGCCAAGGAACGAGCCAGAGAAGAUAACCGAGAAAUGCGAACAAUAAGAGAAGCUCACAUAAUGAUGCUCCUGAGACACCCUCACAUUGUCGGUCUCCGAGAUCUAGUCAUCAAUGGGCCAUAUUUCUACAUUCUUAUGGACCACGUUAAUGGUGGACAGCUGUUGCACUACAUUGUCAAACGACAGCGCCUAUCAGAAAGUCGAGCACGCCUUUUCACCCGUCAAAUUGUUGGUGCACUUGAUUAUCUCCACCGUAACUCUAUUGUUCAUCGAGAUUUAAAGAUCGAGAAUAUUUUGAUUGACAAGGCUGGAAGAAACGUCAAGCUCAUUGAUUUUGGCUUAUCCAACCUCUUUAGUCCCACAAGCCAGCUCAGCACUUAUUGCGGCUCUCUUUACUUUGCUGCCCCUGAACUUUUGUGUGCCACACCUUACAAUGGCCCUGAGAUUGAUAUUUGGAGUCUGGGCGUUGUAUUAUAUGUGAUGGUAACUGGAUCAGUACCGUUUGACGACAAAUCGAUGCCAGGUCUACACGAAAAGAUUAAGCGUGGCGAAGUAACCUAUCCAGCUCAUUUGAGCCCCGAGUGUCGC